GAACUGCGGGGCGCGCGCCGGGGCGGGAGUGGGCUUCGGGCUGGUGGAGGCUGCUCUCGCAGCCCUGGAGCGCCGGGACAGCACAUGAUUUGGGAGUUAAAAUUUGUGACAUGGAUGAAUCUGCACUGACCCUUGGUACACUAGAUGUUUCUUACCUGCCAAAUUCAUCAGAAUACAGUGUUGGUCGAUGUAAGCAUGCAAGCGAAGAAUGGGGUGAGUGUGGCUUUAGACCUACUGUCUUCAGGUCUGCAACCUUAAAGUGGAAAGAAGGCCUAAUGAGCCGGAAGAGACCAUUUGUUGGAAGAUGUUGUUAUUCCUGUACUCCUCAGAGCUGGGAUAAGUUUUUCAACCCCAGUAUCCCAUCUUUGGGUUUGCGGAAUGUUAUUUAUAUCAAUGAAACUCACACAAGGCACCGAGGAUGGCUUGCAAGGCGCCUUUCUUAUGUGCUUUUUGUUCAAGAGAGAGACGUCCAUAAAGGCAUGUUUGCCACUAACGUGGCAGAGAAUGUCCUGAACAGCAGUAGAGUACAAGAGGCAAUUGCAGAAGUAGCUGCUGAAUUAAACACUGAUGGUUCUGCUCAGCAGCAAGCAAAAGCCAUCACUAAAGUGAAGAAGAAAGCCAAAAAGAUCCUUCAAGAAAUGGUUGCUACCGUCUCACCGGCAAUGAUCAGACUGACUGGAUGGGUACUGCUAAAAUUGUUCAACAGCUUCUUUUGGAACAUUCAGAUUCACAAGGGUCAACUUGAGAUGGUGAAAGCUGCAACUGAGACGAAUUUGCCACUUAUAUUUCUGCCAGUUCAUAGAUCUCAUAUUGACUAUCUGCUGCUCACUUUCAUCCUCUUCUGCCAUAACAUUAAAGCCCCAUACAUUGCUUCAGGCAAUAAUCUCAACAUCCCCAUCUUCAGUACGCUGAUCCAUAACCUCGGGGGCUUUUUCAUACGACGGAGGCUAGAUGAAACACCGGAUGGAAGGAAAGAUAUUCUCUACAGAGCUUUGCUCCACGGGCAUAUAGUUGAACUACUUCGGCAGCAGCAGUUCUUGGAGAUUUUCCUGGAAGGAACACGCUCUAGAAGUGGAAAGAUCUCUUGUGCUCGGGCAGGACUUUUGUCCGUGGUGGUGGAUACUCUGUCUACCAAUACCAUCCCAGACAUCUUGAUAAUACCUGUUGGAAUCUCCUAUGAUCGCAUCAUUGAAGGUCACUACAAUGGCGAACAGCUGGGAAAACCCAAGAAGAAUGAGAGCCUCUGGAGCGUAGCUAGAGGUGUGGUCAGGAUGUUACGGAAAAACUAUGGGUGUGUCAGAGUGGAUUUUGCACAACCUUUUUCCUUAAAGGAAUAUUUAGAAAGCCAAAGUCAGAAGCCUGUGUCUGCUCCACUGUCUCUGGAACAAGCAUUACUACCAGCUAUCCUUCCUUCAAGACCCAAUGAUGCUGCUGCUGCUGAAGAAACAGACCCAUCAGUUAAUGAGCCCAGAAAUGCAGCUGAUGAGUCCUUCCGGAGAAGACUGAUUGCAAAUCUGGCUGAGCACAUUCUCUUCACUGCUAGCAAAUCUUGUGCCAUCAUGUCGACGCACAUCGUGGCCUGCCUGCUCCUCUACAGACACAGGCAGGGAAUUGAUCUUUCCACAUUGGUAGAGGACUUCUUUGUGAUGAAGGAGGAAGUCCUGGCUCGUGACUUUGACCUGGGCUUCUCAGGAAAUUCCGAGGAUGUGGUCAUGCACGCCAUCCAGCUGCUGGGGAACUGCGUCACCAUCACCCAUACCAGCAGGAACGACGAAUUCUUCAUCACUCCCAGCACAACAGUCCCGUCAGUCUUUGAGCUCAAUUUCUACAGCAACGGGGUGCUCCAUGUUUUUAUCAUGGAGGCCAUCAUAGCCUGCAGCCUCUAUGCAGUUCAGAACAAGAGGGGCCCAGGAGGGCCUGCUUCUCUGUCCCCCAACUUGAUCAGCCAGGAGCAGCUGGUGCGGAAAGCAGCCAGUCUGUGCUACCUGCUCUCUCAUGAAGGCACCGUGUCUCUCCCCUGCCAGACAUUUUACCAAGUUUGCCAUGAAGCUGUAGGAAGGUUUAUCCAGUAUGGCAUUCUCACAGUGGCUGAGCAAGAUGAACAGGAAGAUAUCAGUCCUGGCGUUGCUGAACAGCAGUGGGACAAGAAGCUUCCAGAACCUCUAUCUUGGAGAAGUGAUGAAGAAGAUGAAGACAGUGAUUUUGGUGAGGAGCAGCGAGAUUGCUUUCUGAAGGUGAGCCAGUCCAAGGAACACCAGCAGUUCAUCACCUUCCUGCAGAGGCUCCUUGGGCCGUUGCUGGAGGCCUAUAGCUCUGCUGCCAUCUUCAUGCACAACUUCAGUGGUCCCGUUCCGGAGCCUGAGUAUCUGCAGAAGCUGCACAAAUACCUGAUAACCAGAACAGAAAGGAGCGUUGCGGUGUAUGCUGAGAGUGCCACCUAUUGUCUUGUGAAGAAUGCUGUGAAAAUGUUUAAGGACAUUGGGGUUUUCAAAGAGACCAAACAAAAGAGAGUGUCUGUUUUAGAACUCAGCAGCACUUUUCUACCUCAGUGCAACCGGCAGAAGCUCCUGGAGUAUAUUCUGAGUUUCGUGGUGCUGUAGGGAGCUCCGGCACCGCAGGCAAGUGAGGGCAGGAUGAGUCCCUCGUAGGCGCCAGCCUCUGGCUUGAGAGAUGAAGGUGCCGUCUUGGGGUCAGACAAGCUGACCUGAUGUGACCUCCUGGAAGACAAGUGCCUUCACCCCUCUGUGGAUCUGUGAUCAUCCCAGCUCUUUGAUGACACGGUAGCCUACAGAUAACACUUCGGGGCCCCUCGGCUGCCAUUUGCAAUCAUAGUAGUAGAUGACAGAAUGAAAUUUCAAAAAAUUAUUUUGGAGUUCAUUAAAGACUCAAAUUUUAA